UGUUUUAUACUUAGUUUCAAAGACCUUAAAGAUGCAUCUCUUUAAGGUCUUUGCUUAGUUUAUUUAUCAAAAUUUGUUGGUUUAUUUUAGUCUAAUACCGAUUUGAAUAUAAAAUUUCCAAUCUUAGUACGCAUAGGAUAUGCGCUAAAAUGAAGUCAGUGAAGUGUGAGCCAAGAGACAAGGAUGUAGACAUGUCAGCCAUCAAGAAAAAGAUUGAUAUCGACUACACCAUUUCCUGGCUUGGAAAGCAGGAAGAUUUGGUUGAUAAACAGGUGAAGUGUGAGCCAAGAGACAAGGAUGUAGACAUGUCAGCCAUCAAGAAAGAGAUUGAUAACGACUACACCAUGUCCUGGCUUGGAAAGCAGGAAGAUUUGGUUCAUAAACAGGUGAAGUGUGAGCCAAGAGACAAGGAUGUAGACAAGUCAGCCAUCAAGAAAGAGAUUGAUACCGACUACAUCAUGCCCUGGCUUGGAAAGCAGGAAGAUUUGGUUGAUAAGCAGGUGAAGUGUGAGCCAAGAGACAAGGAUGUAGACAUGUCAGCCAUCAAGAAAGAGAUUGAUACCGACUACACCAUGUCCUGGCUUGGAAAGCCGGGAGAUUUGGUUGAUGAACAGGUCUCAUCCAACCCUGGCAGUUCACUAACUGUUAAAAAGGAGGAAGCACACUCUAAUGAAGAAGAAGGUAUGAGAGAAGGAAAUUAUAAAGAAAACGAAAGGACAGUAAGCAAAGAGACAACUUUGCCCACUGCUUAUGUCAGACUGGUCCGUUUGGAAGUACUGGGCAGUAAUGCAAGAAGACAAUACCAGAACCAGAGCUCAGAUCACAAAUUUAAUGUAAAAACCAAGCGAACAUUAAGAAACUGGAACAGGAGAAAUUUCUGCAUAUUCUGCCGAACACUUGUGUCUAAUUUUAGGAGACAUCAGUUGCGGCACCAUCCUUUGGAAAAAGAAGUAAUUGACUUUUUAUCUGAAUGUGACCCUGACCUUAAAGAAAGGAAACGAAAACGUCAAGCAAUAUUUGAUGAAUUGAGAAAUCGUGGUAAUUAUCUCUACAACUCAAAUAUUGAAUCAAAAUCUGAAAUUCUUCCCAUAAGAAGACCUGAUACGACUAAAAAAGAAGUAGCCUACCACAAAUAUGUCCAUUGUGUUCAUUGCCUGGGAGCAUUUUCAAGAAAGACUUUCUAUCGGCAUGAGUCAAAGUGUCCUAAGAAGAUCUUAGCAGAUGCAGAAGUAAAUACUAACUCAUUGCCUCUGUUUGACUCUUCAAAGGCUAGUAAUAAUGUGAAAGAUUGUAGGAAUCAUGUUUUGAAGGCAUUUAGUACUACAAUUUUCCCAUCCUCUGUGGAAGAUGAAGAGUUGGUAAAGAAGAUAUUCUCUAUGAUGAAAAAAGACGAGAUCUCUUUAGUGGCAAUGAAUGAUACUCUCAUCAAAUCAAUUGGAUCCCAGUUUUUAAAAAAUCAUAUGGACAAAAGAGAUGAAUAUAAUGCAAGUAGGAAAAUGCGUGAUGCAUCAGCAUUACUCUUGUAUUGCCGAAAGGAUCCUGCAAUAAAGAAUUUGAUUGAUUGCUUUAAACCAAAACACUUUUGCUUAGUAAUGGAAGCUGCACAGAAACUCAGUGGGUUUGAUGAAUCAACUGGUGCUGUUAAAGUAAUAGGCAUGCCAGCUAGAUUGGCAUAUGUUAUUCAAGAGGGGGCUAAGUUAAAAUCAGAUACUGCCAUUCUCUCAGAUAAAUUAUCCAGAGCCACUAAAGAGGCCAUAAAAACUGAAACCAGUGAGUUUCUUCAGCUUUUCAAAAACAAAUGGAAAUAUUACAUAUGCAGAAAAAACAAGGAAGAAACAAACCUCACUAACCCCAAUAAAAAUGCCAGAUGAUUGCGACAUAAAACAUAUGACAGAUUCAGUAAAAGCAAUGGAAGUAGAUUAUUAUAAUGAACUCUCUCAAGAUGUUGAUGCUAAUAAUUAUGAAAAGUUAUGCAAGUGUACUAUAGCUCACAUCAUUCUACUUAACAGACGAAGGCCUGGGGAAGUAGCACGUUCAGAAUUAAGUCACUUCUUAAAUCGACCUCAGAAUGAAUGUCCAACACCUGAUGUAUUGGAUUCUCUAACUGAAGAUGAAAGAAUGGCAUUGCCUGAAGUCUCAGUUUUAUGGUACCCGGGAAACUUUUGCGCAGUGUUCCAAUAUUAUUAACCAAAUCAAUGGAAAACUCAAUCAAUCUUCAUAUUAGUUGUUCAACAUUACAAAUACCUCCUGAAAACCCACUUUUGUUUGCUAGGGUUUACACCUUGAACCCUUUUGAUGGUUCUAAAAUAUUAAGAGAACUUAGGACUACAUGUAAACUAUUGAAACCCAAUUUCUUGACAGCAACUGGCUUAUUGCUACAAAAUCCCAAGUAUUUGGUAAUCCAGAAUUCACAGAAAAAAUAUGUCAGCAUCUCGGUCAUACAUCAGAGAUUCAUAAGAAAAAUUAUAGAUUUCCUAUUCAGGCCAUGCAGAGGGGGCAAGUUGGUCAGAAACUAUUGAAGCUGGAUGGUACCUGGGAUGAAAUAAUGAAGAAAAAUUGUAAUACUGAAGCUGAUAACAGGGACAAAACACCAGAACCGGAAAUGGAUGGUACCUGGGGUGAAAUAAUAGAGAAGAAAAAUGGUAUCACUGAACCUAAAGCUGAUAACGGGGACAAAACACCAGAACCGGAACAUUCUAAUGAUCCUUCUUAUGAAUAUAAUAAAAAUUAUUCUUCUGACAGUGACAGCUACAGUGAAUCUUAAAUUAAAGGAAAAUUUCAAAGUCGGCAACUGAAAGCGAGAGUGCGUUGGUUGGAUUGUGGGAAAGAAGUGGUAAUAAAACAGUUUGCCAACUUUAUUGAACAAAAGAAGACUCCAGGAAAGCUAUUAUGCGAACAAAUUAUUAGAAAAAAUGGAGUUUUAAAAGAUAGAUCAUGGCAGCAAGUCAAUGCAUUGAUUCACAAUAUUUUUACCAAGAAAGUAAAAUUGCAUAGUAAAUUUAGGAGCUUACUGCCUGGAAACUUCAGCUUUUAGAGUUUUUUCCUCCUUUCAAAGAUUUGAAGUUUUAUUAAAAAUUUUUAAAUGAUUUAUAAAAUAUUAAUUAGAAGGGCACAGGGGUAAAACAGUCACAAAAUAUCUAUUUUUAGGAGAUUUUAUGUUAAGUCUAAUAGUUAAUAACUGGUCAGUAUUAUUGCAUUAAUAAAAUAACAUAGAUCAAUUGAAUAAGGUGAAAUUUGUGAGAAGUAAUUCAAACUACCGGAUUUACUCAAUUGUCCAUUUCAAAGUUAAAUUGGACACUGAUUCUUGGUUCUUCCCCAGCCCAUGUUAUUUUACUAGAUUUAUUGUUUGGACUAUGAUAAGUCCACGUUUUUAUGUUGUUGAGUUCAAACCGAGCUUUGUCAAGAUAUUCAUAACAGAUUUCCAUUUUUUUGAACUGAUUUUUUGAAAUUUCUGUCUUUUCCCCUUUUAUAUACUUCUUCCUCUCGUAAAUGUUUUUCAAAAUUAUAAAUAACUACUAGAUCACUCUUUUUCGCUUGAAAAUAAUUUACUUGAAGUAAUGUCUGUCAAUCAAUUGGUAUUCGAAAAUUAUCUCAAAUCAAUUAAUCAAUUAUUAUUAUGAAUAGUAUCUCAAAGGGUGACUGGUUCAUCAAUAUUUGUAUUAACA